AUAGAAAGAGAGAGAGUCUGUGUGUGUUUUCCCUUUUCGUAUUAUCAAAUUGAAUGUGUACAAUUGAUUGCUGGAAGCGUCACUCUACAAUCCCAUUUCAAGAUCCUUUCUUUUUCUCUGAGAAAUGGUAUUGAGGAGAGUGGUGGGAAUGAUGAUGGGUUGUCUGGGAAUGAGUUGUCUAAGAAUAGCUGAUCAACCAACAAGACCAGCACCUUCAGAUUGUGAUUCACCAUCAUGUGUAUCAGAUGAUGCUGAUUCCGUUGACCCCAAAAACCCAAGAUCAUCAUCAGGAGGUAUUGGUAAAAUCAAACUAAGUGAUGGAAGAUAUUUGGCUUACAAAGAAAGAGGGGUCCCCAAUAAUCUAUCAAAUUACAGAGUCAUUAUUGUUCAUGGAUUUGCUAGCAACAAAGAGAUGAACUUUAUGGCUUCCCAGAAAUUAAUGGAUGAAUUCGGGAUUUACCUUGUACAAUUCGAUCGAGCUGGAUAUGGAGAAAGUGAUCCGAAUCCAAAGCGUUCGCUGAAGAGCGAAGCAUCAGAUAUUCAAGAACUUGCAGACCAGUUGCAGCUUGGAUCUAAAUUCUAUAUCAUCGGUGUUUCUGUAGGAUCAUAUCCCACUUGGAGUUGCAUCAAGAACAUACCCGAAAGGCUAGCAGGAGUUGCUCUAGUAGUUCCAUUCAUAAACUACCGAUGGCCAUCACUUCCUGAUGAUCUAAUACAAGAUGAUUACCGGAAAAACCUUUCCAGGUGGACGGUCUGGAUUUCACGCCACACCCCAGGAUUGCUACACUGGUGGUUGACUCAGAAGAUGUUCCCUUCAUCUUCUGUUCUUGAUAGAAACCCAAAAUUCUUCAGCACUAAAGACUUAGAAGUCUUGAAAAACACUCCUGGAUAUCAGUUGCUCUCUAAGAGCAAACUGAAAGAAGAACCGAUCUUCCAUAGUCUUCGUAAAGACUUCAUCGUGGCAUUUGGGAAAUGGGAUUUCGAUCCAUUGAGUAUAAGCAAUCCAUUCGGUCAAAGUCAAAGUCAGCUCCACAUUUGGCAAGGUUACGAAGACAAGGUUGUACCUGUCGAACUACAAAGGUUCGUUUCGAAAAGGUUGCCAUGGAUCAAGUACCAUGAAGUUGGUGAUGGUGGACAUCUUCUUGUGUAUGAUAGUGAUGUAUGUGAAGCCAUUUUGAGGUCUCUUUUGCUUGGAGAAGAUCCUCCUUUGUAUAAACCUAAAUUUCAUUGAUAAAAACUAGCUAAUGUACCUUGUAAAUUAAAUUGAUUGGUUAAGAAUUGCAUCAUAUAUUUGGUUUGAUCUUACUUAAUGUAACUUUUGCAUUUUUAUAGUAAUGAAAAUUUACAUCC